AUGACGAGUGAUAAUAAUCUUGGAACACAUGCAAUACUAAUAAAAGCGACAAUGGAAGCAAAAAUUGUUGCGGAUGUAGAGAAUACAUAUAUGACAUUCAUUAAAAAUGCAAUUGCAAAGAUCAAUGAAGAACUCAAUCUUUCCUCAAGUGCCAUCAAAGAUCUCAUAGCCACACUAGAGUAA